CGUAAUUAUGUACGUUUCCGUCAAGAUAGUAGUUCGACAAUGCAGUUUUAUUUUGACUCUAUCCCUUUCCCCUCAAUUUUAUGACAUCAUCACAGUUCAAGCAAAAGAUGGCGAACAAUGACAGCCCAAGCCUCUUCACCGCUGCGGACUACGCCGUCUGCAUCGUCAUGCUCGUUGCUUCGUUCGCACUCGGCCUCGUCGCCGCUUUCAUCGAACGCCGCCACCGUAGCCGACAUCGGAUAACCUCCGAACGCUUUCUUCUGGGUAGUCGUCGACUGAACGUUAUACCCGUUUCGAUGUCAAUGACCAUUCCGUUCGCAGCGGCGAUUAAUAUCCUCGGGACGCCAGUUGAUGUCUACAUGUACAAUACAAUGUUUUGGUGGAUAUGUUUGGCUUACAUUAUCGGUGGCGCCCUCGUGUGUCGAAUGUUCGUGCCUUUGUAUUUCAAAACUGGAGUCGUUAGCGCUUUUGAGUAUUUGGAGCUUCGAUUCAACAAAACUGUCCGUGUGUUUUGCAGCCUGUUAUUCAUUGUACAGAUGAUGGUAUAUCUUGGCGUUAUUUUGUAUUUACCGUCACUAGUCAUUCAAACAGUGACCGGCUUUCAUUUGUGGGGUAGCCUUGCUAUUGUCUGGGUCGUUGCUGUUAGUUACACAGCCGUGGGAGGGAUGCGAGCCAUCGUCUGGUCAGAUGUUCUCCACGCCAUCGUCAUCUUCUUAGGUCUCAUCGCAGCUGUUACCAUGGGAACGAACCAGGUUGGAGGAUUCGGAGAGGUGAUGCGGAUCGCACGAGAGAGCGACCGGUUCAAGUUAGCCGUGGUGAGUUUCGAUCCGACUGUCCGUCACACCGUAUGGUCAGUGGUAGUCGGUAUGACUGUCAUCGUCGUCGGUACCAUGGGAACCAAUCAGGUGAUCGUCCAGAAGUACCUCAGCCUCGAGACACAAACACAGGCCAAAAUUGCCAUCAUGAUAUCGUCUCUCCUUAAAGUUAUAGUAGUAUCACUCUGUGUGCUGCUAGGCCUGAUAGUCUAUGCUGCAUACAGCCUGUGUGAUCCUUACUCUUCUGGAAAAAUCUCCCAAAUCGACCAGUUGACGCUAUUUUUCGUAAUGGACUUAUUCUCAUCUAAGCCUGGCCUUCCUGGUCUCUUUGUGGCAGCAAUACUGGCCGCAUCUAUCAGCUCCUUAUCGUCGGGCCUAGCUUCUUUGUCAGUGGUGACGGGAGAGGACAUACUCAAAGCUUUCUGGCCCAAUAUUAGCCUAAAUAAAUACACUUGGAUUCUACGUAUUCUAACUUUGAUUUAUGGACUGAUAUCACUAGGGUUUGCCGCGCUUGCUAGUAGCUUGAACGAGAGCAUUCUCCCGCUAACUAUUUCUUUGUUCGGAGUAUUAGGCGGUAUAGUUCUUGGUGUAUUCACGCUAGGGGUAUUCUUUCAUCGAAGCAAUUCUAAGGGAGCAUUGGUUGGUGCCGUGAUCAGCCUCAUCAUCGUCGUGUGGCUAAAGCUCGGAUCCACGGUCUCAUCCUCCGCGUCGUUAGGCGAGGGCACCCACCUGGUCGUGGACGGGUGCACGGGUCUCAAUACCACGACCAUAGCAGACGACGCCGUGAAGGCUACGGGGAAAACUGCGGUAACUCUCUUGAUCACAACGGCCGCUCCGCAAAAAAGGCGAUUUUUAGCAGGCUUAUACCGUUUAUCUUACCAAUACUACGCACCAAUAGGACUUGUUCUUACAGUUGCUAUGGGCAUGAUUGCUAGUGCAGUUUCAGGUUUUGGGGAUCCAUCGACUCUCGAUCCUGUUCUGAAGUUAUACCUAGUAGACUCAUUUCUAUGUUGUUUGCCUGUGUGUCUCAGAGAUCUAGUUCGAAGGGACGGUCUACAAAAGGAAUAUGAAUAUCCCGACAGCAUCGACGUCAAACCGUCAGAAACCGAAAAAGAAUAUUCAGCGGAUCCGGAGUGCCAUUCACUUACAGAUAUCCGGGAAGAACCGACUGAAACUUCAGAUGAGGAAUAUCAUCACCCCGACAGCAUCAACGUCGAACCAUCAGAAACCGAGAGGGAAGAUUUGGUGGAUCCGGUGCGCCAUUAUUUUACAGAUAUCCCGGAAGGACCGACUGAAAAUUCAGAUGUGGAAUAUGAAUACCCCGACAGCAUCAACGUGGAUCCAUCAGUAACCGAAAGGGAAGUUUCGAUGGAUCCGGAGCGCCAUUAUUUUACAGAUAUCCGGGAAGGACCGACUGAAAAUUCAGAUGAGGAAUAUACAACUACGACGUGGACGUAAUUGCAAAU